ACCGGAAGAAGGUCAACAUUCCCCAUAUUCAAGAUGGCGGCCCCCUUGUGUCAGUGUUAUCAGGUAUGUUUGAAAAAAUACUCUUUGGCAUUCCCUUCAUCCUUCCUGCUGCUGCACAACAGAGCAAAUGUCUUCAGAAUACGGAGCGUUCUCACAAGGACUUCCCAGGUGCCUCAGUCCUCACUUCUCCAGGCUAGAUAUUUGUCAGGGGAGAGGGGCGGAGGAAGAAAAGGCUUCUUCGGUGAAUUCCUGGAUAACUUGAAGCAGGAGAUGAGCAAAAACAAGGAAAUGAAAGAAAACAUCAAAAAGUUCCGGGACGAAGCAAAAAAACUUGAAGAGUCUGAAGCAUUGAGGCAAGCGCGUCGGAAAUACAAAACAAUUGAGUCUGAAACAGUAAAGACCUCUGAGGUUCUCAAAAAGAAGUUGGGGACCCUCUCAGAGACAGUAAAGGAGGGGCUGGAGGAGGUCAGUCGUACAGAAAUUGGAAAGAAAAUCAAAGAGGGGAUGGAAGAGGCUGCCAAGACGGCAAAGACAUCAGCAGAGAGCGUCUCGAAGAGUGGAGAGAUGUUGGGAAAGACCGGCGCAUUCAAAGCUAUAUCACAGGGUAUGGAGAGUGUAAAGAAAGAGAUCGGCGAUCUGGGCCACACUGGCCCAUACCGGCCCCCACCUCGGCUCAGGAAGAGGACUGAAUUUUCCUCAAAGGGGUCAUCAGAUGGCAACAAGGUCUUUGAAGCCAAUGAGGAAGCCAUGGGUAUGGUGCUUCACAAGGACUCCAAAUGGUACCAGCAGUGGAAAGACUUUAAAGACAAUAAUGCGGUCUUCAAUAGGUUCUUUGAAAUGAAGAUGAAGUAUGACGAAAGUGACAACGCUUUGAUCAGAGCAUCGCGGGCAGUCACCGACAAAAUGACUGACCUCGUAGGCGGACUUUUCUCCAAGACGGAAAUGUCUGAGGUACUGACGGAAAUCUUGAAGUCGGACCCGUCCUUUGACAAAGAUUCUUUCCUCAAGCAGUGCGAGCAUGACAUCAUCCCUAAUGUUCUCGAGGCGAUGAUCAGAGGAGAGCUGGAGGUGUUGAAGGACUGGUGUUAUGAAGCGACAUACAGCCAACUAGCACACCCGAUCCAACAAGCCAAGGCCAUGGGAUUUCAAUUCCACUCAAAGAUCCUGGACAUUGACAGCAUUGAUCUGGCCAUGGGGAAGAUGAUGGAUCAGGGUCCUGUAUUGAUCAUCACCUUCCAAGCUCAGUUAGUGAUGGUAAUACGAAAUACCAAAGGAGACGUAGUGGAAGGUGACCCUGAUAAAGUUCUGAGGAUGAUGUACGUGUGGGCCCUCUGUCGAGACCAAGAGGAGCUCAACCCGCAUGCUGCCUGGAGACUACUUGACAUCUCUGCCUCAAGCACCGAACAGAUCCUUUAAGACUCUUUGACAUCUGCAGAAGCAACACUCGCCCACCCGGAGGAGUGAACAUUCUCUAUCUGAACACUGUGUAAUCAAAGGGGGGGGCAAAUCGAGAGGCAGCUCACUGCAGAAAAUGUUUCUGCUUCAUUAUGGUGUCUCACACAAGGGGGCGGUAGAGUACCAACACUGCUCAUGCACCUGGAACCAAGUCUGAAAGACUCAGUUCAGGUAAUAUGUGGAAACCAAAAAAAAAAAAAGAAUACUACAAUUUUUUUCCCUAAUCAUAUUUGUUAUUCCCCAUUAUGGCUGGGUAUAUCACCCUGAUUCCUUGUUUGUAUGAUAAUCAUCCAUUGCCAUGGUCAAACUGUCAAAAAAACAUAUUUAUUCGGAAAAAUAAAUAUAAGCCCCCUUCCCUUCCACACGCACACACACUAGUAGAUAUUUUGGGAAAUAAAUGUCAUGUUGAUAAGAAUCAAAUGUACAGUCCAAGCAAUUUUUAUGGUUUCUUUCCUGGGUGUUAACAAUGUCUGCACACAAGUCAUUAUUUUUAGAUUAAAAUUCAGUCUAAAUUGUGAA